AUGGCUGAAAUCCUCGGUAUCACUUCAGCGACACUGGGACUAUUGCCCAUCAUUAUCGAGGGUAUACAUGGGUAUAAAUGGUUGAGGAAGACCAUCGCGGUGGUCAGAAAUCCUAUCAAAGAGCUGCGACCUUUAAAGACCGUCCUAAGAGUACAGGAAACAAUAUUUCUGAACGAAUGGGAGCUUGUUCUCCGCUCCAUCACAAAGGACGAGCGGCAGGCUCGGCACAUGAUCUCAGAUCCAGAUCACGCUGGCUGGCGUGACUAUGACCUCGCCUCAGCUCUUACGAUAAGCCUGGACAAAAGCUAUGAGGUGUUUGUUGAACUGGCCAAAGAAACACAAGUUACUCAGAACGAGCUCAAACAAGUUUUGUCCUGCUUUUCGCUGCAAGGUCAGAAAAAGCCGGGUGAAUCCGUCGAGUUGGCCAUCAAGCGGCUGUCGUUAGGCUUCAAAAUAAACGAACUGGAAAGGAAAGUCCAACGACUUAGACAACAUAAUGAGGAUCUUCAAGCCCUCCGUACCCAGAUCCAGCACCUUCGCGAGCCGGUAUUGGAAAAGAAACAUAAGCGGAAGUUGCCGCUGCCGCACAGCGUAAUACACGCAGUACGAGAAGCUCAAGAGAUAGCAUCUGAAGCCUACAACGCCUUGAAUAACUGUUUCUCUUGCAAGCGAGAGAAUCACGAGAUGCAUUGGGCAGCCUUGUGUACCGAUAGUACAUUUGAACAGUGCCAUAACCUGGAGAUGGUAUUGCUCUACGCAGAAGUGAAUCAAGGCAGUAAUAAUCAACAAGCAUGGACGUUGGCAAUGAAAUCGAACAACUGGACGUUCGGAUUCAAUUCUCACCAAGACCGCGUCGCUAAACAGCGUCCAGGGACCGCGAAGCAGUUGCGGUUCGCUGAUGACCUAGAAAGCGCCAGCCAAAACAUCACAAAAAGUGACACUUCACAAGCAAACUCAUCACAAGACCUAGGUCUCAUUGAUGAUAUUUGUUAUUAUCUCGAAAAGAAGUGCCUUUUUGGUGUGGGAAAUGGCUCUAUGCUAGGCUCCUUCGGACAUCUCCGAUGCCCACAUUCGGGCUACGUUUUCCAUGUCUCACCUUGUGAAGCCUCUCUUCAGACAGGCGGCACAGAGAUGCACGAAGGAAUAUCGCUGCAAGAUCUAUUACGAGCAACACAAGAACGGCCAGCAACCCCAAAGUUCAAGUUAACAUGGGCACUGAAACUUGCACUUACAGUUCUGCAGUAUCACUCAACCCCAUGGCUUCAUGAUGAUUGGCGGACUUCGGAUUUGUACACUUCGAACAAACUCCAAACAACAUCUAAGCCGAAGGUUUUCCUGAGAACCUUGCUAGCAACAGGGACAGCCAAGAAAGCCUCUGCCAGCAAUACAGAACAAUGUUUCGCCGGACCAAUUAACCCAGAGACACAACACUACCUAUUGACGUCCGAUGACCUGUACGGUAUCUAUAAUCGAGCUCUUUGGGCCCUUGGCACUGCAUUCUUGGAGAUAUGGCACUGGAAGCCUCUAAGUGAUAUGGCUAAAGCUGCUGAUGCUGGGAACGAGAUCCUUACUGCCAGAAGGGUGGCGAAAUCACGCACGGAACUGGGCGAGCCAAUUCAUAGGAUGACUCAAAUGUGCCUCCAAUGCAAUUUUGGAUGUGAACCCGAUUUAAACUCAUCAGAGCUUCAGGUUUCUUUCUACAAUGAGGUGGUCUGUUUAUUGCAAGACCAGCUGAAGGCAUUAGAAUCGUUCGGUUUAUAA